UUCUCAUCUAUUUAAAUGCCUUCUCCUUGCUUGUCAUCGCCAUUGCCAUCGUCAUCACAGCACAAAUCAGUCAAAUAGUCAAACAAAACACACACCACCAGCAGCAGCUAGCCAUAGCCAUGGCCAUGACGACCCGCACCCUCCUCCUCGCCGCCGUCUGCGCCGCCGCCGCCUUGCCCCGAGGCUGGAGCCCGAUAAAGAACAUCGACGACCCGCACAUCCAGGAGCUCGGCAGGUGGGCGAUCACGGAGAACAACCGGGUGUCGCCGAGCGACGAGCUCACGUUCCACAGGGUCACCGGCGGCGAGCAGCAGGUGGUGUCCGGCAUGAACUACCGCCUCGAAAUCGAGGCGGCGAGCGGCGGCGGCGACGUCACCGGCAGCUACGGCGCGGUGGUGUUCGAGCAGGAGUGGAGCAACACGCGCAAGCUCAUCUCCUUCGACAAGAACCACAACUUCUGAGCUCCCCGGAGGGCGAUCGAUAGCUCUCGAUCGGCAAGAUUUAUGUGUUGAAUAGCUCGAGUUGUUUUGAUGUAACCAUUGCGUGGAUAUUUUGUCCAUCCAAUUGUUUUUCACAUCGAUAAAAAGCCAGAUUUCUUCUGAUCUCAA